AUGGAGGCCUAUCAGUCGCUGAGCAACCGGGUGGCCUCGAUGGAGGAUCUCCUGCGCAGGAGCGAGUCGGCCAUGGUGAUGGUGCUGCAGCGCCUGAAGGCGUUGGAGGAGCACGUCUCGGCGAGCGAGGCUCGCGGUCGAGGCGAUCAAGCCACGCGGAGUGAGGAGUUGGCGUCUCGGAUGAAUAGGGGCUUUGAGAACCAAAACGGCAGAAUGGAGGCAAUGCAGGGCGCCCUGUCGCGUCAGGCUUCAUCGGUGCAGGUGCUGGAGGAGCGCCUGCAGGGGACUUCUAAGGCGUUGGAGCAAAAGAUGAAUAGUGACAUUGCUGGCUGCUAUCAACGGCUGCAAGCCUUAGAGGGUUCGCUGAUGUCAGCGUUACGCAACGUGGAGUCGAUGCUGCAGUCACAGUCCUCUGCGACGAAGUCCUUGGAGCAGAUUCUGCGGGGUGACAUACAGUCUGUCCAGCAACACGCAAGUGGAGAGAUUGUGGGGGUUCGUCAGCGUGUGGAUGCGGUGGAUAGUGCCCUGCGCGCUUCCCUGGCGGAGCUGCACAAAUCCAUGUCUGGUGAUGUUAAGUUGUUAGCUGAAAGUCUACUUGCAAAAAUGCAGUCCUCUGCUCAGUCGACAGAGGCCUCGCUUCUUGCACUAGAUCAGAGAGUAAAGUCAGACAUGCAAUCUCUUCAUGACUCCUUGGGGCACGAUCUUGCGGCGGUUAGGCAGGGGUUAAAUGCCGAAAAUGCGAGCACGCAAGACGCCUUACGAGCUCUGUACACUACUUUGGCCAAUGAUGUCAAGAAUGUGUCGUCUCGACAGCAGUCGUCGGAGGCAGCCCAACAGCUGGCAUACCAGCAGCUCCGCGCCGAAGUCGCCGCGCAGCGGCAGCUGGUGGAAACAGUUGACUCAAACUGGCGCUCGAGUCUGACAAACCUUGGUGAGAAGGUGCAGGACGGAUGGAAAAGCCACAUGUCUCAAUUGGUGGCCGUGGACGUCGGCCUUCAGCAAAGGUUUUCGCAGGUGAAUGCCCAGGUGGAACAACUCGCGGCGCAGCUACGUCAAACCGUGGAGAGCCUAACGCAUUCACUAGAGAUUAAAAUGAACUCCUUGGUGCAUCUUCGUGAGGAUGUCGUCGCUGGCCGGCAAUCGCUGCGGGCGGUGCAGGAUGAGCAGCAGCGCCUGCGUGAGGAAAUUAGCGGGUUCUCCGCCAUGCUGGAGCGCAGCGGCAUGCAGCUGCGCUCGUUGAUGGAGGCUGCGGUUCGGGUCUCUCACAGUGAUCUGCUUGAACGCAUAAAACCGCUUUCGAGCUACCGUUCUGAGAUGCACAGCGCGAUAGCGGCUGCCCUGAACAAAGUCUGGUCGGAGGCGCACGGCGCCUUUACCCCCCAGCGGGACAUGGAUGCCCUCCAGAGUCAGGUUCAGUUCCUUGACAAUGCCGUGCGUAAUGAGAUAUUACUGCUCAUUGAGCGGACGCGGGCGUUGGAGCGCGGCGGAGAGGGGCAGCCGAGGCCCGCGAGCGUGACGGAGAACGCCGCGCCGUUGAACCCGGAUCCGGGGGCCCUUGUACCGGCCUCCCUCUUCGGGGAGUUGAACAACGUCUGGGGGGAGCUUCGCAGCCUUCAGAACCGGCUCGGAAUGCCCCGGGAGGAGGUUCUCGCUGCCAUCAGCGACACCCGCAGACAGGUGCUUGACGCCACCCUGGAAAUUGCAAAACAGCACGAAAACGAGGUACGCGAUGUACUUGAGGAGAUAAGGAAGGAUGUUUCCGAGAUGGUGCAGCGCCCCAGUAGGCCCCGCGAAGCUGACGCCAGAAGCGGCGAUGCGGGCAACGACCACCAACCCAGGCGGACGGUGGUGCGUGUGUACUCCAAAACUCCCCCGCGCCCACCGCCGACCGAAGGGCUUCCCCCGCUAGUGAGGCUCAAGAAGCUACCCAACUCGCAUUCAGUACUGGAGGUGCACCCAACACCAAGCGCAAGCGAACCAGCAGAAAUGAAUCCUUUUCCACCGGUGUCCCCGCAGCGAGAUGCUGGGGCUGCCGCCCAGCUGCCGCCUCUGGUGCAGCUUCCGUCACCACCACAAUUGGUGUCCGCUCCAACGUCGCUGUCUCCCGCCCGCUCAACUUCUUUCCAUGGGGGCGAGCAUAAUGCGUAA